AUGGGGGACACCGGAGGGUACCGGGGCUCUGGGGGGUCCCGUCCGCUGCCCGGCCCCCCUCUCUCGCAGUACGAGGACGCGUUCAGCCCCCCCCGCCUGCAGAACUGGAGUGUGCCCCUGCCAGGCCCGAAGCCCCCCAAGCAUUCAGAGGGCUCCACACCCAUCAUCGCCAAUGACCGAGGGCAUCUGCUCCCCUCCGUACCCCGCUCCCAGGCCUCCCCAUGGGGCUCGUUCGUGGGGACGUGGGAGAUGCCGUCGAGGAUCCCACCUGCGCGGCUGGACCUGACUGCGCGUUCGGCCGCGGCCGCGGAUCGGCUCCUGCAGCACCUGCAUCAGUGCUCGGUGCUGAGCAGCGCCCGCAACGGGCUCCGCACCCGCAUCACGGGCACGGUGCGAGCCCCGCACCCCCCCCCGGACACCGGCUCUUCCCGUCGGGAUGCGGCUCCUGCAGCAGAAUCCAGCAGGAGGAGCUCAGUGUCCGAUCCGCUUCCAGAGGGAACCGGUCGGGAAUGCGGCCGGUGCUGAUGGCAACGGGAUCCUGGAGCUCCCAGCGCCCCCUUCCCAUCCCGGGCUUCAAUCCCGACCCCCCGGGCACGUCCCUGCAGCCCUGGAUCCAUGAGGAAAAGGCCUCCACCCGCAGGAGUGAGGAAGGGGUGGAAGGAGCCGGUGCCCUGGUUUAAAGGCAUUGGGAUAAGGGGUUUAAAACAGCACUAAUAAAUGCUGGUGU